CUCACGGCCGCCAUGAUUCUUGUUUGCUUUCAGUGAGAAACAGCGGAUACAAAGUGGAGCAGAAACAAAGGAAACGCGCAGUCGGCUUCGUGAACUGGUAUGGUCUUACAGUAUUACAGGGAUGCCCAAGGAAAAAUAUGAUCCGCCAGAUCCAAGGCGGAUGUACACUAUAAUGUCAAGUGAGGAGGCAGCUAGUGGGAAGAAGUCAUACUGGGCCGAACUGGAGAUCAGUGGCAAAGUGAGGAGCCUGAGCACAGCAUUGUGGUCUCUUACCCAUCUGACUGCUUUGCACAUCAGCGACAACUCUCUCUCGCGUAUCCCUCCAGACAUUGCCAAACUACAAAACCUGGUGUACUUGGAUCUCUCGUCCAAUAAGAUCAGGAGCUUGCCCGCCGAGCUAGGCAACAUGGUAUCUCUCAGGGAACUGCUUUUAAAUAACAACCAGUUGCGAGUCCUGCCUUUUGAGCUUGGAAAAUUGUUUCAGUUACAAACCUUGGGGUUAAAAGGAAACCCACUUGCACAAGACAUCAUGAACCUCUACCUGGAACCCGAUGGGACACGCCGGCUCCUGAACUACCUGCUGGACAAUCUUGCAGGCACCAAACGCGUCUCCUCAGAACAGACCCCUCCUCGCUCAUGGGUACAUCUUAAGGAACCUGACAGGACACGACCAACAGCAUUGUUCUCUGUGAUGUGCUACAACGUAUUGUGUGAUAAGUACGCCACACGUCAGCUCUAUGGUUACUGCCCUUCCUGGGCUCUCAACUGGGAGUACAGGAAAAAGUCCAUCAUGCAGGAGAUCCUCAGUUGCAGUGCAGAUAUCAUCAGCCUACAGGAAGUGGAGACGGAGCAGUACUACAACUUUUUCCUGGUGGAGCUAAAGGAGCACGGAUACGAGGGUUUCUUCAGCCCCAAGUCUCGUGCCAGGACCAUGUCGGAGUCUGACCGCAAACACGUGGACGGUUGUGCCAUCUUCUAUAAGACCGACAAGUUCAGCCUUGUGCAGAAACACACAGUGGAGUUUAACCAGCUGGCCAUGGCUAACUCAGAGGGCUCAGAGGUCAUGUUGAACAGGGUGAUGACCAAGGACAACAUUGGUGUCGCUGUGCUCCUGGAGCUGCGCAAAGAGAUGAUUGAGCAAUCUGCAGGGAAGCACUUGCCUAGUAUGGAGAAGCAGCUACUGUUGAUGGCUAACGCUCACAUGCACUGGGACCCGGAGUACUCGGACGUAAAGCUCGUCCAGACCAUGAUGUUCCUGUCAGAAGUGAAGAACAUUGUGGACAAGGCCACGCGCAGCCUCAAGCUCUCUUCUGUGUCUGGGGAGACCAACGCCAUCCCUCUUGUCUUGUGUGCUGACCUCAACUCACUGCCUGACUCGGGUGUGGUGGAGUACCUGAGCACAGGUGGUGUGGACGGCACCCAUAAAGACUUCAAGGAGCUACGCUACAUCGACUGCCUGACCAACUUUAACUGUAACGGCAAGAACGGCACAUCCAGCAGCAGGAUCACACACGGCUUCAAGCUAAAGAGUGCCUACGAGAACGGCCUGAUGCCUUAUACCAACUACACCUUCGACUUCAAGGGUGUGAUUGACUACAUCUUUUACUCUCAGCCUCUGCUAAACGUGUUGGGUGUGCUCGGCCCACUGGACCCCCAUUGGCUCCACGAGAACAAUGUCACUGGCUGCCCACACCCCAACAUCCCCUCCGACCACUUCUCCCUGUUUGCACAACUUGAGCUGCUCCUGCCCUUCUCGUCUUUGGUCAACGGUCUCCACGUGCCUGGCUGCAGGUAGUUCUCAGAGCUCCUUCGGCGGCUCCCGGCCCUGCCUCGCACCUGACCCUCUACAGGGAGAGAGCUAGAGGCGAUGGAAAGAGGCAAAGCCUGUUGUGUACAAAUCUCAGUCCAGUAAGGAGGAGUUGGGGUAUGGCUAAACUUUUAUUACUGAUGGAUUUUAACUGACGCAGACGUUUGUCAGUCUUAUCUGUACCAUCCCUUUUGUUUUUGUUUUUUGUUUUGUUUUUUUUGUUAUCUGGUUCUCUAUUUCUGGGCACAAGUUAAAUAUCUACUUUUUCACACUGUAUCCCAAACCCAUAUGGUUCUGAUUAUACCUUGUAUAUUUUACCUAAAGACAAUGAUCAAUGCUUAUAUAUAAAUACAUAUACAUAUAUAUAAAUAUGGCAAUACCUUUUCCAGAUACAGGCAGGGAGUCCAGACCAAGCAGGUUCAUCAGAUUUUCUAUUUUGGUCCAUGCCAAUUUUUUGUCUGAGGCCAGUUCUGAGUGAGCAGCUAAAUUUAAUAGGAAUCGUUGAUCACACCACACCAGCUUUAGUGCAACGAUCAUUUAGUCCAUUCUACCGUAAAUGCCCUUUUUUUUUUCUCCUUUUCUUUCUUUUUUUUUUUUAUUUUUAAAGCUAAAGGGCUUUUUAAAUGUGUGCAGAGAACGAGAGCAAGUCACUCUCUCGCUUAUGCAUUCACCAUGGUGCUGAGGCAUCUCCUAGUGCAGCAGUGUGAACUGUGUAUUUAAUUCCUCAGCCUCAGAGACUCCACAGGCCACCGGACUGCGUCCAUCUUGGUGCAUUCAGUUUAAUGUCGAGCUGCACAAAGUCAGCCAUGCCCACUGUUUUUUUUUUUGUUUUUGUUUUUUUUUAAUCCUAUUUAAAGCGAGGAAUUUCGAAGCCCUAGGCCUUGACGUGUACGACAGCAUCCGAGAGAUUAGCAGGAGAAAGGAGACACACUGUGUUUUGGCAUGUAUAAGAUGAAUUUGGGAUGCACUCAUUAACGAAGCAGCUUAGCCUACCAACACUCACUCACUCUGAUUAAUGCGUUGCUUUACCUAAAAACUGACC